ACCCACUUGCGCGGAUCCAACGUUCUGUAGUUUUCUUCUCUUUUUCUUCCAGUUUUUAUUUUCCGGUACGGAAUUCUCCAUGGCGGGUCGGGGAAAGACUCUUGGAUCCGGAGCCUCCAAGAAGGCGACGUCACGGAGCAGCAAGGCCGGCCUGCAGUUUCCGGUUGGUCGUAUUGCCCGUUUCCUCAAGGCCGGGAAGUAUGCUGAGCGUGUCGGAGCUGGAGCGCCGGUUUACCUCGCCGCUGUCCUUGAAUACCUUGCAGCUGAGGUUCUUGAGCUAGCUGGGAACGCUGCCAGAGACAACAAGAAGACCAGAAUUGUCCCCCGCCACAUUCAGCUAGCGGUGAGGAAUGAUGAAGAGUUGAGCAAGCUCCUUGGAGAUGUGACCAUUGCUAACGGAGGUGUGAUGCCUAACAUCCAUAACCUUCUUCUUCCCAAGAAGACUGGUACCUCUGGGUCCAAGGGUGGUGGUGAUGAUGACAGCUAAAUAUUCAAAGACUUAAUUCAAGUGCCAUCUCUGCCAUUUCGUGACAAAUUUAGCAUCGUAGUCCUACCUUGUUGUUUGUACUGUGGGUUAGGGAUUGAGUCUUUGUCUGCGCAACUGGUUUAGUUAGUAUUAUUUGUGCUAGUUUAGGGUUUUAUUCAGUUAGGUAUGUGAAUAUAAUCACCGUGUUCUACUUUGCUUGAUAGAAGAGUUGUGACAUUUAUAUCUUCUUUACUUCAAUUAAUGAAAUCAAUGCAAUAUUUCACU